CAAACACGAUAUAUACGUGUGUCAUAACGACGAAUAUGACGUUUACUUUACAUCUACUAGAUUCGUGAAUUAAAGAAUACUUCGGAUUCGACGUUUCUUUUUCGUCAGCUUUAUAAGAUUCUAAUUUGAUUAGUCCCGUAUUUCUAGAUGAUGAAAAUAUAUAGGCAAGCGGUCAUUAAUAGCACCGACACAGGAAUUGCGUAAAUUUCUUUGGACAGCCGUGGCGUUCUGAUUUCGCAUAAAUCUAACGUAUAUCGAGCAAGUCUCGUCGAAAAUGCACAUAAAUCGAUCCAAAUACACUAAUACUUCUACCAUGAUUCAAGUAACGAACACUUUACACGGUCCUUUAUACUACAGUAUUAACUGUAAUUAUAUAUAAUAGACAAACAUUUGGAGGAAGUAUUCGGUUCGGCAGCUACGAACUUAAAGAUGAUAAUUUUUCUCAACGUUAAAAGCUACCACGCGCUAGAGACAGCACUAUCAGUGUGUAACAGGAAAAUUAAGGUGAACGAGCGAACUUCGUUAAUAAGCCUCAUGUGAUAGCGAUGGUCGGUCUGCCGGCCCGCGGCAAGACGUACAUAUCGAAAAAGCUGUGCAGAUAUUUAAACUGGAUCGGCAUCAACACGAAGGUGUUCAACCUCGGGGAGUACAGACGACACGCGACCACCGCGUACCAGUGCCACGAGUUUUUCCGUCCUGAUAACAUAAAAGCAAUGGCGAUACGCACCCAGUGCGCGAUGGACGCCCUCAAGGACGUCUGCCAGUGGUUAGAAAGCGGGGAUGGUGAGGUGGCGGUAUUCGACGCGACCAAUUCCACCGUCGAUAGACGCGAAUUGAUCCGUGACAUCGUCGUCGAGAAGAUGGGCUUUAAGCUCUUCUUCGUAGAGUCCGUGUGCAACGAUCCGGAGAUCGUUGAACAGAACAUUAUGGAAGUAAAGGUGAGCAGCCCCGACUACGCCAACAUGAACAAGGAAGAGGUAUUGGCAGACUUUAUGCUGAGAAUCGAGCAUUACCAAGAGAAGUACCAAGCGUUGGACGAAAAUCAAGAAAACAAUCUCUCCUUCAUGAAGAUUUACAAUACCGGCGAGAAAGUGCUGGUCCACAAGCACGAAGGUCAUAUACAAAGUAGGAUAGUUUAUUAUCUCAUGAACAUCCACAUAGUGCCACGUACGAUCUACUUAACCAGGCAUGGCGAGAGCGCGAUGAACCUCGAAGGUAAAAUAGGCGGGGAUUCGGAGCUGAGCGAGAGAGGCUGGGAAUAUGCCAAAGCUUUGGCUAACUUCAUCACUAGUCAGGAUAUACAGGGACUGCGCGUGUGGACUAGCUGGCUGAAGAGGACCAUACAAACGGCGAGCGACGUGGACGUACCUCAGGAAAGGUGGAAAGCUCUUAACGAGAUAGACGCGGGUAUCUGCGAAGAAAUGACUUACGAAGAAAUUGCGGAUAAGUACCCGACGGAUUUCGCUGCGAGAGAUCAGAACAAAUUUUCGUAUCGUUAUCCGCGAGGGGAGAGUUACGAGGAUCUAGUCGCCCGGUUGGAACCGGUGAUAAUGGAGCUAGAACGACAGGGUAAUGUUCUGGUCGUAAGCCAUCAAGCGGUUUUGCGAUGCCUUCUUGCUUAUUUCUUGGACAAGAGCGCAGAUGAAUUGCCAUAUUUACAAGUACCGCUACACACUAUUAUUAAAUUAACGCCCGUCGCAUACGGUUGUAAAGUGGAACACAUUCGACUGCCCAUCGACGCAGUGGACACGCAUCGGCCAAAACCAAAGAUCCCGGGAUAUCUAGAGGAACAAUUUCGAAGGAAAGGAAAGUUGCUUCACACGUGAUAACGACGACAUUAUAGCACGGCAGGGCUAAUUCUUACGAUCGUUACGAGGUGCUGAAGACACGCAUUCUUUUGGCAGCUGGCUGCCUUUGCACGUCCGAUGCAACGCGCACCCACUUUACCUUCCACUCCCAAUAAUUUAGACGAAACAUUACCCAACAACAUGCGACGAUGUAUCCUGUACAAACCAAAGAGAUGGGCUUACCGAUUUUUAUCGGUAUCUUAGCGAUACGAUUAUUUACAGAACCAACGUUUAUCGAUAUAUUAUUGAUCCCUCGACGAUAAUGGUCGUGAAAUAAAAAACUGCCAUGUACAGUCCGACAUAAGAAACUUUAGAAAUAGUGCAUUGUGUGGUGGCUUUUUGUUUAAACAGUUCCCAACUUGGAAAAAGUGGUUAUUCUGCAAAGUCAGAUACACGAAAAUACAGGAAGUAUAACCUCUACAAUCUUAUUACAUCAAAACAGUUAUCUAUACACAGUCUCACAUCAUACUUCUCACAGCAUUAUUUUUUUUACCUUCUCUUUUAUAGGAAUUACGUAACGUUUUUGCGGAUUCGAUUGAAAACAGGUCUAAUUAAAUAAUUUCUUAUUAUUGCUAGCCAUACAUUUAAACUAAAUUGUUACUAUUGUCUUAAGGGAAUCAUAACAUGUGUUUAUUCGAGAAACUUUCCAUUUUCAAUGAUCUAACAUUUAGUGUUAGAUAUCGAUGUCCAACAACACGUAUAUAAACUAAGAGAAAAUGUUUACAAAACACGAAGUUCAACCAAAUACUAAGCUCUGUUUGUAAACAAUGGGAUAAACAUGGUUCACUCAUUAAUAUUUUCUGGAGGAAUUAUUCCAACACAGGAUUUGCCAUAACUAAAAAACAAGGUUUAUAGGUAAGAAAACGGAAACGAUCAUCGAGGAAUUCAAAUAUCGAUGAUAAGAAAUUGUACAUUUCGUUAUUUUAAUUCAUUUACUUCUUAGAUUAUAUCGUUAAGCCCAUUUCUAGUACAAAUUACAUGACCUUGAAAGAUACCUUUCUUCUGAUUUUCUAACGGUAUGUACCGUAUGUAUGGUAGUACAAUUUGCGCGCAUGUACUCUGACUUUUAUACCUUCGAAUUCAUCUCUGGAAGAACAGAAAAUUUUUGCAGAAUAACAAAAUCACAGGGAAAGUAUUGUAAAUGCGAAUGCAUAUAUAUAACCACUUAAAGUGCAACAAUUUCAGUCUGACAUUUUCUUCGGUCAAUGAAUAUCGAAUCUAAUGCCCCGACGAUUACAUUCGAACCGGUGAAACCAACACAGAACAUCUUCGUUCACUUCGGAAGUAUUCGGACUUACAAUUUGCAAAAUGUUUUGCAUUAUUUAUAAUUUCAUUACCGUGAUAAAAUAUCGACGAAAACGACGAUCAGUCCUCGUCUGUAUAUUCCCGGAUACAUAGUGGUUAUAUAAUGACAUUUUGUACGUUUUGCAAAAUUAUUUUUAUCGAUUACCGUGUUCCGACAAUUGUCAACUUCGUCAAGUUGCAUAUAUCAUCGAUCAGGAAACUAUCGUCUUGGCGAAGAUUAUAUUUAAAAAGUUUAUCACCUUGUGUAAUAAUCUAGUUGCCGGUAUGAGGGAAUAGGUUCCAGAAUAUUUUUGUCAAGACGAUCGAGCGACACGAAAGAUGAUAGGAAACUUUUU